AUGAAGAAUAAUCUUAAACUUGAUAUUGAAUCAUUAUCUGAAUCAUAUCCCAUAGCACGUAAUCUUGUAGCGGAUAUUCUCAUUUCUGAUGUAUUUUCAAAAUUUCUCUCAAAAUGUAUGUUAGAUGAAUUAAAUGAUUCAAUAGAUUCUUAUUUACAGAACUCAUGGCGUUUAUCAAAAAUUGAUUCAUUUAUUAAUUCAUUCUUUAUUGAUUAUCUUCCUUUAUCAACAAAACUUCAAACAGUAUUUCAAAUCGAUAGACAUAAUUCAAUGAUUUCAUUAUAUUUAAAAAAACGUUCAACACAAUUUGAACGUAUUAAUCAAUUGAUUAAUAAAAUAGAUAAGAUUUUUUUUAUUAAUGAAUUUAUUCAACAUAUUGCUUUACGUUCUCAACAAUAUCAACAAUUAAUAGAUAAAUUAAUUGAAGACAAUAAAUGUGUUACAUUUGAGAAAUUAUUAAAUGAAGAAACUAAACUUGCAAUAAAUUUGCAAUCUAAAAUAAAGAAUAUUAAAUUACCAGGAUUAUAUAUUAAUAUUUUAAAUUGUUCUUUUCAUUAUUUGACUGGAAAACAACAAAAACAUAUUACAAAGAUUAUUUUACAUGAUUUUCUUCAGGAUAAAGAAGUGACUAAUCCCAAGAAAUUAAAAGCAUUACGUAUUCUUCAUCAUUUAACAAAUACAUACAAUGAAUCUCUUCAAUGGUUUAAUGAAAAACAAACUUCUUCUUUAUUAUUAAAGAGUAAUAUUAGUACUAAUAUUGAACCACUUGAUCAUGUAAUUAUAUGUUUACCAAUUACAUUUGAUUUAACUCCUCAAGAUUUACUUAAACAAUUUCAUUUCUUAAAAAUGAAAUUAAAUCCAUCAAAUGCUAAAUAUAUUAGUGAUGCUAUGUUAACUAUUUCACGUAGAUUACCUGAAGAAAUAUUUUUAAAACAUUAUCUUGAAUUGGUUGGUAAUGAACAAUUUCAAAAACUUGGUAAAUCAUAUAAUAAGCGUGUUCACUGAGAAAACUAUCUUGAGA